UUUUGUUUUCCGGACGGUUCCUUUCGGGUUUCCACGUCGACUCUUAACUAACCGACGCUCUCUUUUAUAUAUUAUCUACCUCUGGGCCCAUCUUUUCUCGCAGUUUUGGUACUGUGAAGAAGCAGUUCAAGAUGGAGUGUGCGGUGUGCAGGGUGCAGUUUCAGCCAGGGGACAUCUCAUUGCGGGUGAUAGAUGCCGUGACUGAACACACUCGCACACCGAUGAAGGAUUUAGUAAGUUCAACCUUACGGAAGAGUCUGUGUCCCACAGAUUUAAUUUGCACAAAGUGUUCUGAUCUCUUUAACGAGAAGGACCGAUUGCAGAAGAUGACUGUAGACAUGGAUAGGAAUAUCAUGACUAAAAUAAAGGACUCUAGCAAGAAGAGUCCAGACACCACUGGGACAAUCUCCAUUGUUAUGGGCGAGACCUUCACCAAUGAAGACAUCCAAGCUGAACUGGAGAGGCAGUAUAAAAAUAUCAGUAUAGACUCUACAUCAGCCCAGACUGCUGCCAAGUCCACAGAUGAAGGAAUAGCCCCCACAGAGCCUCGUAGAGGAGCACCCAAAAGGAGGCGUGGCCGACCACCGAAGGGGAAUAGAAAGCAGAAACUGGAGGAUGUACCAGAGGCACCUCCUCUCAUGGUAAAUCAACGAGAAAAACGGAAACGGUCAGGCAAGUUCAACACAUUCCUUGAGGUCCUGAGAGGCGAAAAGGACUUCUAUAUUGAGGACGAGGAUUCGGAGGAGCCCAAGGUAGCUAAAAAGAGUGGAGGAAGGAAAAAGAAGGCAAACUUUGGUAUUGUGCCUGUCGAGGACAAGAGUAAGGAGAUGAUGGAGAAAAUGUGCAUCAUCCAGGUGACAGAAGUCGACAGACGUGAAAAGGAGGUGCACACAGUUGACAAGGACAAACUAGACUUGGAUGAGGUUGUGCAAGAGAUUUUGGGUAUCAGUGCUGAUCCAGGGACUUCCCUAAUUGAAGACAUAGAAAGUCUGGAGCAUGAUGGUGAGGAUUUGAUUAGUGCCAUAGAUGAGAUGACCUCCCAGCAAGGAAUCAUUGAAACUAAUUCCAGAGGGCCUGUUAAAACGGAAGAAAUGGGGAUUAGAAGCUGGCCAAAUAUAAAAGUUGAAGAUAUUGCUACACCAUCAAUUGAAGUGACUGGAUUUGAUGAGGAUUUGGCAGCGAGCAUGCCAAGUCUUGAAGUGACUAUCACACAGAGUGAGGACAAUACACUCCAAGCUGUCAUUAACGAUCCUGAUGUGUUGAGUGCUAUUGUGAAGGAGGAGGCCACAGAGGUGCUGGAUGAAAAGAUAGUCAAAUCUGAAAAUACUUGUGAUCGUGAUGAGGGAUCUGAUCUCAAGAAGUAUAGAUGUAAACUCUGUACUGUGACAUUCUCCAACAAAGCAGAAGCAAGGAAACAUGCGUUAGAGGCACAUGUGCAAUCAGACCUCGGUGACAAUGAUAAGAAUUCACAAGGAAGCUUCAGGUGUUGCGAGUGUGACAGGGUGUUCCCCACCGCAAGGGGACGUGAUCGACACCUGCUCUACAUGCACCUUAAGCACAAACCAGUCCAGUGCACUGACUGUUGCCGUUCUUUCAAUAGCUUUCGACCGCUGGAGCGUCAUCUUCGAGAAUUUCAUGACAAGAAUCCAACUUUGUACUGUGAGGCAUGCGAGGCAGAAUUUGUUUUAGGGACUGCAUUGGAACACCAUAAAGAGAUCAUGCAUCCGGUUUUGAAUAAGAACAAGUUGGCAAAGUCUACUGUAAACACAAAACUCAAGGAGAAUGUGAAGCAGCACAAGGUCGUUGAGUGCCCCAUUUGCCACCAAAAAGUGUAUGGUAUUAAGUCUUUGAAGUUGCACCACCAGAAGAUGCACAAAGGACAAGAAUACACUUGCAAGUACUGUAAAUACAAAACCAAUAGCCUUAGUACAAUGCACAGACACAUGGUAAGGAUUCACAAAGCAUUAAAGCUAGAACUCUACAAUUGUAUCAAGUGCCGAGCUGGAUAUCAGUAUCCAAAAGACUUGGAGGAACAUUGUAUCUCUGUUCAUAAAAUAGAACCUUCCUUUCUGUGUCAACAUUGUGGAGAAAAAUUUGCUUGUAUUGAAAUGCUUCGGUUUCAUCGCAAAAGUCACAGAGCAUUCUCAUGUAAAUUGUGUCAUCUAGGCUUUAUGAAAGAAGAGGCCUUGGAGGAACAUGUUAAGAGCAUUCAUAAUUGUGAUCCAGUUGGUCUUACAGAAAAUGGUGAUGUUACAAGCCAAAGUGAGAAUGAAAGUGUGAAUGAGAAGAUGGAUGCUAUAGAUACUGAGACUGAGAGUACAGAGAAAGCACCAGCUGCUCCAAACUCAAAAGUGCUUGUUAUUGCCACGGAUGGCUCUGUGCAGGUCAAGGAGGAGGUGAAAGAAGCAAGUACAGCUCCUCCUGUUCCUUCAGAGGAUGUUACCCUUCACCUGCAGCAGACACGAGAGGGGGGCCUAGAGGAAAUGGACAUGUUAAAUCCUCUGAAAGGACAUAAGGUAAAAGAUCUGCCCAAAAAGAUGAACUGCCCAGUGUGCAACAAAGUCCUCACCACCAAGUUUCUAAGAACACACAUGUUAAGUCACAAGGGAGAUCUUCCACACAAGUGCCACGUUUGUGGAAAGGCCUAUGCUCAGGGAACCUUACUGAGGAAACACAUGAAGAACAGGCAUUAUGACGAGUUUCUCAAGUUGGGAAAUAAGAACCCAAAGAAGCCCAAGAUUGGUUGUGAUUUUUGUCAUGAAAUCUACGAUAAUAUUUAUGCACUGGAAGAACAUCUGUGGCUGCACAUGGAAGUGAAAACACUUGAGUGUUCAGACUGCAAGAUCAAGUUUGGGAUGGCCAGCAAUCUCAGAGAGCACUACAAGAGCCACUAUUUCAAAGAAGCCCGCCCAUGCCCUGUAUGUAAAAGAGAAUUCAAAUCUAUUGGAUUUUAUAAUGAACAUGUGGAAAAGUGUCAGAAACGAUGGAAGUGCGAGCAGUGUGGAUUGGAGUGUGACACUCAAGAAUACUAUAGGAAGCAUCAGCGGGCAGAGCAUGGGGAUGAGAAUGUUAUAAGAUACCAGUGCAACUUAUGUGAAAAGUCCUUUGUGGAGCGUCAUCGUUAUGAUGACCACAUGAUAACACACUCUGCAGAGAAAGCAUAUACGUGCCACAUUUGUGAUAAACAGUUUAAACGUCAGAGACCGUUGAAAGAUCACCUUGUGCGAGCUCAUUCAGAUGAACAGAUGAUGUGCACUUACUGCCGGAAGACAUUCUCUACACAGCAAGAACUUGAUCAACAUAAAAAGAAACACAAGCGGGAGUUUCCAUGUACUGCAUGUGGCCAUGUUUAUGCAUCAAAAGAAGCACUCACUAAUCAUCUUCUGGUGCAUCAUUCAGAGACAACUCCACAUACUUGUCAUAUAUGUAACCAGGCCUUUGUUAAGCAGGCUAACUUGAAGGCACACAUGGUUACACAUAACCCGAAUACACCUAAUAUAUGCCAUGUGGAUGGAUGUCAUAAGAUGUUCCGGUCAGAGAGUUUGUUGAGGACUCAUGUUGCCCGUCGUCAUCAUGAAUUGCAAUAUGAAUGUUCAGUCUGCGAUCGGAAGUUUGGCUUAGAGUCUGAUUUGACUCGCCAUAUGGCAACGCACAACACUGGGUCCUCCCUUCCUUGCUCAGAAUGUGGCAAACCUUUCCGGAGUGAAGCUCAGCUUGAGAGACACCUCCUUACUCACACACAGGAAAAGCCAUAUGAGUGUGGUAUUUGUCAACACACAGCUGCAACACGACAUCAGUUGCUGCGGCAUAUCCAGAUUGACCAUGGAAUUAAUGAUGCUACAACUCAGCUCGUGGUUAAUCGUUGGCGGUGUUCAGUGUGUAGUAAGAUGUUUGUUGUAAGAGGUUCCUUAUUACGCCAUUUGCAGGAUCAUGCUACUCAUGGUGUACAGGCCCAAGGACAUGCUGUUAAAACACGAUCGACACCAUCUACAUUGCCAGAGAUUCCUGUUACAGGAAGUGCUACUGAUGCAGCUGCUGCCACUAACACUUUCCUGGAACAAGUUUCUACCUUGAGUUGGCAAGACUUAACUCCUCUGCUCCGCCUUCAUGUUAUGGCUGAUGAAGAAGCAAGUGAUGUAGAGUCUGCAGCAGUGGCAGCAGAUGUAUGGCUGUGUCCUGGUUGUUUGCACGCCACACAGACAGAGGAAGAGAUGAGAGACCACUUGGUAGAAACUCAGCAGUGUCAGGAGGCAGUUAUCCUACAGUUAGCUGGAGGUCUGGCCAAUGCAGAGGAUUUGGAUGAUGACAGUGUUGCCGAAGAGCAUCUCCUGAACGAAGAAGGAACUGGAGCUGUAUUGCAGUUAACAAGUAAUGAAGAAGGUUUGCAGUAUGUCAUUGUACAGGAAGAAGAAGGAGGAACCACACAGCUUAAUGGGGACACUCCAGUUGGACCUGAAGUUCAAGCUGAAGUGGCAAGUGAUGAUAGGAACAUGCAAGUCCUAGUAAGCAUGGAUGACAGCCUUCACCAGCUGCUUCGUCAGCCUGCACAUGGAGAUAUCCAAAUAGUUGUUGGGAAUACAGCACCUUUAAAGCAAUUCUUGACUGAGAAUGAGACUGACACCAAUACACCUGUCCCAAGCACUUCGGCAAGUGACCAAGUACAAGACAACCUUUCUACAGAUGCGCCAAUCCUCAAUGGAUCAGAAGUGUUGCUACAGACACCUGAUGGGCGGCUUGUAUUGCAACAAACAGUGGGCGGUGUGACUCAAUAUCAGCUAGUUGAAGGGGUCCCAACUGGAACUGAAGAGGUCGAUGCUAAUCUGUCAUUGCUUCCAUCUCAUACACCAUCUCUUUCCACUGAUUUCAUAUUGUCAGAUUAACAUUCUACUUGAAAUGUUUAAUGGGUAUGAAUUAUGAUGCAGCUCACUGUGUUCAGGUUUUCAUUACAAUUCCAGGUAACUGUACAUACUGUCAGCCGUGUGAUAUUACAUUGAUAUUGUCAAAAUAUAAGAGAAGGGCAUUGAUCCUAGUCAAUUAAUAUAUCAUUUGCAUAUGUAAUGGUGUAUACUAGAGGGAGAAUAUCAACCUCAAAAGUAAAGCCACUGAACUGACCUACAUAGACUGUAUAUCUUGUCUGAGAUGAUUCUUUUGUUCACAUUGAAUGAUUAUUUUUAACUUGGAUGUAAAGUGCAUCAACUGUCAUGCAUGCAUUUUUUUCAUAUUGGUCGAUGUAAAAAACUAAUACUCUCCAUAUGUCAUUUAAUUCAAUAGGUUAAUUUAUGAGAGAAAGCAAAGCUUUAACAAACAUAUUUAAGUAAAUGGAUUGUUAUACACAA